AUGUCAGAUCAGGAAGGCGGCAGGGGCCAUCCCCCUCGAGAAACCCAAGAGUCCGCCUAUCCACCGCCUCCUGGUGAAGAAGACGAUCGCUCAAGACCACCCUAUCACCACUUGCCUCCUCCUCCUGGGGCGACCGUGACUCUCCCACCAAUCCAUGACGCUCACCCGGCCUAUGGUGGAAGCCGCUACCCGCCACCUCCAGACCCCAGAUCACGAGGGACCUACUCUGCUUCUCCCACUGGUGGUCCAAACGGCUAUCCUGCUCCGCCUGGCGGUAUGUAUAACCUGCCUCCUGUCCAGGCACCUCCGGAUCAGCGACACUACGGCGUUGAGCCACGCGAUUAUUAUUCACGCGGCGGAUCCUUUCCGCCACAUCCUCAGCCCGAGCCUUACAACUAUGGCGGCUACCGACCGCCUUCUGGGCCUCCCUACGGUGCUUAUCCUCCCGAGUUUGCACGCGGUCCAGGCGGCCCCCCACAACAGGCAGCACCGCGACAGAGAACUUCGAUAGCAUGUCGUUACUGCCGCAAACGGAAAAUACGUUGCAGUGGCUACAGCCAGACUCCCGAUGGGAAAUGUACAAACUGCAGAAAGACGGGCAAUGAGUGCAUUUUCCAGCCGGUUUCCUCGUCCUCGACCACUGCUUUUGUGCCCGUUUCAGCUGUGCCCGGUGGUGUUCCCCCUGGGACGCCUUUGUUUGGCGCCUUUGGACAGCCGUUGCCGCAAGGAGGAGCACAACCAGCACAACCUGGAGGGGCGCCUCAGCCACCCGCCGGUGGCUCGCAGCAGCCGUACCCGCCUUCGGACAACUAUGCGCUGCCCUCGCCCACGGGGUCUUACUACCCUCCACCUCCGGAGGACAGAAGUGGAGUCCCACAGCGUCGAUUGCACGAAGAGGAGCACGGGCAACGCCUCCCUCCUCCGCACGUAUACGGUGAACCUGACCCUCGACGACGCUCUCCUGCGUCCUCUGCGCCCGGUGGUACACCGCCUCAGUACGAGUACCCGCCGCCUGACAGAACCUCGACUCCUGGUCAGCGCCGAGAGAGCCCUAAUGCGCCUCAAUCUGGGCAGCAAGGAGGCAGUGUUAUGGCCCUAAGCAGCUUGAUGGAACACCCUCCACCACGCCCUCCGCCAAGCUCUGACUCAAGCCGCGACAUCGAUCAGAACAUGCUCGGACGCCUGAACCGACGGACCUAG